AUGAUUGCCGUAGAAAAAUCACCAAACCAAACAAGAAAGCAUUCAACACCGAGUCAUCACCAUCAUAAGAAGUAUCAAUCCCCGACAACAUCUCAAUCUCAUCAUCACCAGCAAAAUGUUACCAAAUCAGCUAGCUCUCCCAACAAUAGAAACCCACAACAUAUGAUUGAUAGCUUUAAUUCCAUUCCAACUCAUCUCUCCUCCAGCUCUCGCAGUGAAGAUGUUUAUUGUAAUUCGAGUAAUUGCUCCACCUUAAUGGAAGAAGAAGAAAUUCAGAGUUGCAAUUCAGUCAAUUCCUCAUUGACCAGUUCUCUAGAUGAAAGUUGUGUCAGUUCAAGUGUUUGCACAAAUGAUGUGAUUAGCAUUUCAGCUAACUUUCUCAAAUAUCGACAACAAUCCAACCUGAAUCAUUCUCAUCAAUCCAAUUCUCGUCCUUCCCAAUACAAGAAAACUCACGAAACUAAUCAAUCCUACCCAGUCAUUCUCCCUUCCCAUGAAACCUCAAAGAAACAAGCUUUUGAAAACAACACCUCUUCCUUCCCUCAUAAAUCCUUUGAUCAUCAUGCUCAAUUGAGAAGAAUUCAAUCAGAGAGAUGUGAACCCUUAUUAAAUCCCCAUGAGAAUACACUCCCAGAAUCUGCUCAAUUUCCUUCAUCUCUCUCCAACAAUUACAAUAAGAACAACAAUUUCUCUCCGAUCCUAAGAUUUAAAUCCAAUAAGAUACACUGUCUAUGUCAUCAUGAACAAUUCGAAUGCAAUAACAACAAUGUUACUAUUGAUUCAUUAGCAUCACCUUGUGAAACAGUAAGGAAGACACACUCUCCGAAUAGAACUCCUUCUCAUCAAAGAUGUCAUAUGGAAGAGGAGGAGGGAUUGAUGAGAAUGAAUUCUAACAUGUCAUUGUGUCCACCUUCACAGGGAGAUGCCUUUGCUUCAUAUGUGGUUGUUGGAAACAUGUCAAACUCCUACCAAAGUAAAAAGCAUCUCCAUUAA